AUGGUGCUGUUGACCCGUAAGCUAGUGCAGAGGCUGGCCCUCUUAGUGACUUUUGGUGGCUUGGUCACCACCUUCGUCACCACAUUCCUGCCCUUGUGGAAGACCCUGAAUACGGACCUGAACGAGAUGGAGAACUGGUACGAGGGCUUGUGGCACAGCUGCAUCUUCACGGAGGAGGUGGGACUGCAGUGCAAGGCCUUCGAUUCGCUGCUGGCCCUUCCUGCAGACGUACUGGUGUCUCGGGUGCUCAUGCUAGCAUCCAUAGUGAUGGGUGCGCUGGCGGUCGCCGUGGCCUUCUUUGGGCUGGACGGCGUCGAGCUGGGACCCGGGCACCGGCGCCUCAAGCGGGGGCUCCUGGUCCUGGGUGGCGUGCUGUCCUGGGUGUCGGGCAUCACCACCCUGCUGCCCAUCUCCCUGGUGGCUUAUGUGACGGUGGUAGAGUUCUGGGAUGAGAGCCUGCCCGACGUUGUGCCCCGCUGGGAGUUUGGCGAGGCGCUGUUCUCCGGCUGGUUUUCCGGAUUGUUCCUCAUCAUAGGGGGGUCCUUCUUCUUCGUGUCUUUAUGCAUGGACGACUGCUCUGAGCCCCUGAGCCCCCCCAGCACCCAGGAAAUGCCGAGGAUUCAGCACUACCGAAAGACAGAAAUCCUAUAG